AUGGAGGAUGUGCAGGCAUCGCAGCCUGGACCUUCCUCCGCCCCUGACGAGGCGCCCAUCGUCAACAAGAACAAGCGCUUCAGGAAAGACAAACCCUGGGACACAGAUGACAUUGACAAGUGGGAGAUCCCCGCAUUCACUGCAGCAGACAAUGCCCAGCCCUUUGUCGAGGAAUCCAGCUUCGCCACCCUCUUCCCCAAGUAUCGCGAGUCUUACCUCAAGACCAACUGGGGAGCCGUCACCCGCGCCCUCGAGAAGCACGGAAUCGCCUGUGUCCUCGAUCUCGUCGAAGGGAGCAUGGUAGUCAAGACGACGCGUAAGACGUACGAUCCGUAUAUCCUGCUCAAGGCACGCGACCUCAUCAAGUUGCUCGCCCGCUCUGUUCCCGUGCAGGAGGCGCUGCGCAUCCUCUCCGACGAUGUGGUUUGCGACAUUGUCAAGAUAGGCAACCUCGUCCGCAACAAGGAGCGCUUUGUCAAGCGUCGCCAACGUCUCAUCGGCCCCAAUGGGUCCACGCUCAAGGCCAUCGAGCUCCUCACGGGCUGCUAUGUCCUCGUGCAAGGAAACACCGUCGCUGUCAUGGGAUCGUACAAGGGACUCAAAGACGCACGUCGCAUCGUAGAAGACUGCAUGAAGAACGUGCACCCAAUCUACCACAUCAAGGAGCUGAUGAUUAAGCGCGAGCUAGCCAAGGACCCUAAGCUCGCCGGUGAGAGCUGGGAUCGCUUCCUGCCCAAGUUCAAGAAGCGCAACGUCAAGGCCAAGAAGCCUGCCAACAACGGCGAAGGUCCCAGUGGCGCAAACGCAGUCAAGCCCACGACGGCAGCAGCGAAAAAGACGUACACUCCCUUCCCUCCGGCGCAGCAGCCUAGCAAGCUCGACUUGCAGAUGGAGAGCGGAGAGUACUGGCUCAAGCCGAGCCAAAAGCAGGCAAAGGAGCGAGAGGAGAGGGAGAGGAGACAGGAGGUCAAGCAGAGGGAGCGAGAGGAGAAGAGGAGAGAGGGAGGUGUCGCGCCCAAGGAGGAUUUGAUGGCUGAGAAGCGCGAGAGGCGUGGGGAUGAAGAUGAGGAGGCGAGGAGGAAGAGGAAAGAAGAGAAGAAGAGGAAGAGGAAAGCUGAAGCUGAGGCUGAGGCGUGA